AUGAUUUUGCUGAGUAUUCUCUUCCACACCAACAAAUCCUCAACAAUCAAGAUGCUGUUCACCUCCUUCUUCAAGACGCUCGUCGGGAAGACGGUCGUUGUGGAGCUCAAGAAUGACCUGAGCAUACAAGGAACCUUGACAUCCGUCGAUCAGUUCCUCAACAUUAAGCUGGAUGACAUCACCGUCGGCAACGUGGACAAGUACGCACACAUGGUCUCUGUGAAGAACUGCUUCAUCCGCGGUUCUGUGAUCCGCUACAUCCAGCUCCCGCCAGAACACGUCGACACACAGCUGCUGCAGGACGCCACCCGGCGCGAGGCUGGCGAGAAAAGCGCGUAGUUGAACUGAAGACAAUUCGAACUGAACAAGAGCACCGGCAAAAGCAACGAAAACGGCGGCGGCGGUGUUUGCUCUGUGUUGACUGUGCGACAGUCAUGUGUGUGCGUGCUAUGUUGUGUUGAUUUGGUCUGACUGAUCGAAGUUGUUCUUGCGGCAGCGGCCACGUUGAUGUGUGUGUGUGUGUGUGUGUUUGUGUGUGUGUGUGUGUGUGUGUGUGUGUGUGUGUGUGUGUGUGUGUGUGUGUGUGUAAGGCUGUGUGUGUGAUUCGCAUUCUCGCAUUAAUGUUGACAUGAAUGCAUAGACUGCGGUUGGCCCUGUUCAAUACUGCAGCAACACAAACGAAAGCAAAUGAUGAUGAUGA